AUGCGGUUUACAACGUCAUUGAGACUUUGGGUCGGUGCUGCUGCCGUGUCUGUAUGCAACGCGCAGAUCUCGAAGCCGAGAGCCGGGGAUGUGUUGAUGCCAAAUCAGCAGUUCGAGGUUGAGUGGCAGACGGCGGGCUUACAGGCCCCCGUCAACAUUGAUCUGGUUCCCAGUGGCAAGACGGACUUGUCAAUCAUUGCGGAGAAGAUUGCAGUGCAAGUCGACAACGUCGGCCGUCUGAACUGGAACCCCAGCAUCUCCAUCACGGCCUUUGAGAGCUUCGCCAUCGUCAUUACGGACUCCGCUCAGGCCGUCGUCGUCUCCGAGUCGUUCCAGAUCACCCAGCUUACGCAGCAGCCCGUCAUCCAGACCAUUCCCGGGGCGGAUCCGGCGCAGGUGGAGAUCCUCACCGCGGCUGCUGGGCCUCCCAAGGUUGUGUACUCUGGCGCCUUGCCGGCCGAUGCGAUCCCGGCCGGCGUCGCUGCCGCGGAGGCUACCCCCACCGGGGCCGCUCUUGUUCAGCCUAAUGCGUCAAAGAACCGUAUCUCGAACGGCACUGCGCCUGGAGUCUCCCCUUCUAGACAGGGGAGCGGCAGGUCCAAGAAGGAGCCCGCGACCCCCGAUGAGGAAGCCGUGCCUCGCAACUCCUCGAAACCGCUCACGAGCAUCGCCGAGAAGAACCAGGCCCCCGAGGCCACUCCCACGCCGAUAUAUUCGACUAUCCAGUCUGCCCCUUCUGCGCCCGCGUCGUUCCCGACAUUGUCAGCAACCAAGAAUCAGACUGGCCUGCCGGGCGGUGGUGGUGGUGGUGCCGAGGUCACGCCCACGCCGAUAUACUCCACGAUCCCGGACUCGGGUCCGGCUUUCCCGAGCCUCUCGGCCACCAAGAACCAGACGGCGCCCGCGAACGCUGAGGUCACUCCUACCCCUAUCUACUCCACGUUGCCCGAAACACCCUCAAAGUUCCCGACCCUCGCGCCCACCAACAACCAGACGGCUCCGAGCGCCGAGAUCCAACAGCCGGCCAAAAGCAAAGCACCUGCUGCCACUCAACCAGCAGUAGAAGUCCCAGCCAACCGCACCAGCAUCGCGCCAGAAGCGCCAACCACGCCCUCUCUACCGAUCGUAACUCUCCCGGUUCCCAAGAACAGCACCGCGUCCCCCUUGCCCCCAGCCGCAAGCGAGCCCCCUGUCCUCCCGAGCGCCGCAAACCCAGCAGCAAACAGCAGCGCCACCCCAACCGGCCUGCCCGCUCUCCCCGUCACCGAACCCGCCGCCGUAGCUCCCGUACCAAUCGCUGCCCCGUCGCCUUCGAACCCUCCAAGCAACGGCACGGCUGUGACGAAGCCCCAGCCCCAGACCUCUGACCCGCCAGCGGCGGCGCCAGCCGUCAGCUCGAGCGGUGCGUUGCCUUACAAAGGUACUCUACCUGCGGACGGCGGCGCGGCCAAAUCCGAUGUCCCUGCGUCGACAACUGGUGGCCCUACCGGUACAGCUAGCGGGGGUUCGGUGACGCCUGUGCCUAGUAUCACCGCUGGUGGCGGCAAGGAAAGCGAAAAGGGGGGCGACAAGAGCGGAGGCGAGAGCGGCGGUUCCGGCAGUGGUUCAGAAAAGGGGUCAGGUGAAGACUCCGACACCGAGUCCGAUAGUGAGUCCGGCUCUGGCUCUGGCAGCAGCGGCAGCGGUAGUAGCAGCGGCACGGGAGUCAAGCAACCCAGCACGGUCGUCUCCUCCACGGCAGCCAUCGUCCCUACGCCCCAACCUCAACUUGGCGUCGGCAUCGGCGCGACGCCCGUCGUGCAGAUUGGUCCUAGCAUUACGUUGCCGUCAUCCCUCUGGACGUCCAUGAUCCUCGAGACGGCGGCCGGGUUCGCGGCGCCGAGUGGCGGGUCUUUUGCGGUGGCAACAUCUCCUGCUUUGCUUACGGUACCUAAUGCGGGGUGUAGGACGAUGCAAGGGGGUGGGUAUGUUGCUGCUGUUUUGGGUGCUGUGACGGCGCUUUUGGUUGUUGUGAUGUAG